AUGGGGCGCAACGGCAAGGAUAAGCGGGACAUGUUCUACAGGAAGGCCAAGGAGGUCGGCUUCCGAGCACGUAGCGCGUUCAAGUUGUUACAGCUUGACGAGGAGUUUGGGCUAUUCGAAGGAGUCACCAAGGCCGUCGAUCUAUGCGCGGCCCCUGGGAGCUGGAGUCAAGUGCUCGCCAGCAAGCUCUUGGGAGACAAACGUGACACACCCGCUGCUGCUGGCUGCGAGAACGCCAAGGCUCAACUCGAUGAUUGCGACGGCAGCGGGGGCGCAAGAGGGGCGCCUCUCUCCACUGCUGUGGCAACGGACGACGGCGAAUUCGAUGCAGCUUCCGCGGCAGGGCCAGAAGCCAAAGGCGCCGGAGUUGUCGCAGGCAGCGGUGUUGGCGCCACUGAUGAGAGCGGUGACAUUGGCCCGGAUGGGGGGGAGGCGGGGCCCAGACGACAUCACCGAGCAGGGGUAGAUUGCGCGGACACGCAGACAGGGGCAGGGAGCGAGGGAAGAGUAAAGGACACAGAGGAAGAGGAGGUUCGAAUUGUGGCGGUGGAUUUGCAGGGGAUGGCGCCCAUCGAGGGAGUCAAGCAGCUCCAGGGUGACAUCACCUCUGUAAAAACUGCGGAGGCGAUCAUCGACCACUUCCGAGGAGGGCUGGCCGAGCUGGUGGUGUGUGACGGCGCGCCGGACGUGACGGGCCUGCACGAUAUCGACGAGUAUCUACAAGCGCAGCUCCUUCUAGCGGCCCUCAACAUCACGGCUCAUGUCUUGUCGCCUGGGGGUACCUUCGUUGCCAAGAUCUUCAGGGGGCGAGACUCGAGCCUACUCUACAGCCAGCUGCGCCUGCUGUUCGAGCGGGUGACUAUCGCCAAGCCACGCAGUAGCCGCAGCAGCUCCAUCGAGGCGUUCGUCGUGUGCCGCGUGUACGCCCCGCCAGAGGGCUUCGAGGCAUCCAUGCUCACGCCGCUGUUAGACCACGCUCAUUCGGCCACUAACGAGCGGCUGGGCCCCGCCAACCUCAUCGUGCCGUUCGUGGCCUGCGGAGACUUGAGUGGCUUCGACGCGGACAAGUCUUACCCUCUUGAGGAGCCCAGGGAGGAGGGGAAGGACGGAGAUUCCCAGUUGACCUCACAGCGUGGCUACCAACGGAUCCCCCCGGCGCAAAUGCCGAUCCGACCGCCCCACGAAACUUUCCGCAUGCGAAAAGCGGGAGAGUUUUGA